GAAACAUUGUAUCUCUUUAUAUGGGGGGAAGGGUCGGGGGAUCCCUCGCCACCAGCGCGUGGUCCCGGCCCCCUCCACCCGCCGUCUCGGCCGCGGCCAGCAGCCCCUGCCCCCCGGGGGACGCUGACGGCCGCCGGGCGCGCCGCCCUAGAGUACGGACAGGGGGCGCUCCGCGCGGCCUGGGGCAACCCGGGCCACAGGGCCAGGAAAGUGAGGGCCCAGGUCGGCCCGGGCGUGCAGGGGCCCCGGGUUCGCAGCGGCAGCGGCGGCAGCGAUAGCGGCACUAAGCAGCAGCGGGAGCGCCGGGUUGAGCCGGGAAGCCGAUGGCGGCGGCGGCGGCGGCUCCGAUUCCUCGCUGACUGCCCGUCCGCCCUCCUACUUUGAGCGCCAUGUUACCGAGCCAAGCUGGGGCCGCGGCGGCGCUGGGCCGGGGCUCGGCCCUGGGGGGCAGCCUGAACCGGACCCCGACGGGGCGGCCAGGCGGUGGAGGCGGCGGCGGGACUCGCGGGGCUAACGGGGGCCGGGUCCCCGGGAACGGCGCGGGGCUCGGCCCGGGCCGCCUUGAGCGGGAGGCUGCAGCAGCAGCGACAACCACCCCAGCGCCCACCGCGGGGGCCCUCUACAGCGGCAGCGAGGGUGACUCGGAGUCGGGCGAGGAGGAGGAGCUGGGCGCGGAGCGGCGCGGCCUGAAGCGGAGCCUGAGCGAGAUGGAGCUCGGCGUGGUGGUCGGUGGGCCCGAGGCGGCGGCGGCGGCCACUGGGGGCUACGGGCCGGUGAGCGGCGCAGUGAGCGGCGCCAAGCCGGGUAAGAAGACUCGGGGCCGCGUGAAGAUCAAGAUGGAGUUCAUCGACAACAAGCUGCGGCGCUACACGACCUUCAGCAAGAGGAAGACGGGCAUCAUGAAGAAGAAACCAAGGCUGCUUCCAGUGGGUUGUGGAACUUUGUUGGGAGUGAGGAUGCUAUCUAUGGGGCCAUCCUUGAAGGCCUAUGAGCUGUCCACGCUGACAGGGACACAGGUGCUGUUGCUGGUGGCCAGUGAGACAGGCCAUGUGUAUACCUUUGCCACCCGCAAACUGCAGCCCAUGAUCACCAGUGAGACUGGCAAGGCACUGAUUCAGACCUGCCUCAACUCGCCAGACUCUCCACCCCGCUCAGACCCCACCACAGACCAGAGAAUGAGUGCCACGGGCUUUGAAGAAACAGAUCUCACCUACCAGGUGUCGGAGUCCGACAGCAGUGGGGAGACCAAGGAUACACUGAAACCGGCCUUUACUGUCACCAACCUGCCGGGUACCACCUCCACCAUCCAGACAGCACCCAGCACCUCUACCACCAUGCAAGUCAGCAGCGGCCCCUCCUUUCCCAUCACCAACUACCUGGCACCAGUGUCUGCUAGCGUCAGCCCCAGCGCUGUCAGCAGUGCCAACGGGACUGUGCUGAAGAGUACAGGCAGUGGCCCUGUUUCCUCUGGGGGCCUCAUGCAGCUGCCUACCAGCUUCACCCUGAUGCCUGGUGGGGCAGUGGCCCAGCAGGUCCCAGUGCAGGCCAUUCAGGUGCACCAGGCCCCACAGCAAGCGUCUCCCUCUCGCGACAGCAGCACAGACCUCACGCAGACCUCCUCCAGCGGGACAGUGACGUUGCCCGCCACCAUCAUGACGUCAUCUGUGCCCACAACUGUGGGAGGUCACAUGAUGUACCCCAGCCCCCAUGCAGUGAUGUAUGCACCCACCUCGGGCCUGGCUGAUGGCAGCCUCACCGUGCUCAAUGCCUUCUCCCAGGCACCAUCCACCAUGCAGGUGUCCCACAGCCAGGUCCAGGAGCAAGGUGGCGUCCCCCAGGUGUUCCUGACAGCGCCAUCUGGGACAGUGCAGAUCCCUGUUUCUGCAGUUCAGCUUCACCAGAUGGCUGUGAUAGGGCAGCAGGCCGGGAGCAGCAGCAACCUCACCGAAUUACAGGUGGUGAACCUGGAUGCCGCCCACAGCACCAAGAGUGACUGAUCCGCCCUGCCGCCCUGGACAGAUGGCCCAAGGGAUGGCACCACUUAUUUAUUGUUGCCUUUUCACGUUUUCUUUACACACAUGUUGACGGGCCGCAGGAGGGAGGCGGGGAGGAGCAGUGGGCAGCCACAGGACUGAGCCCUCUCACUCCAGCCAAAGAAAUGGGCCAGCCUGCCCUCCACCCCAUCCUCCCUCACCCUCCCCUCCUUCUAGCUCCACCUCCCAUCUCUGUCGAUGGUGGGGCUGUCCUGCCUCCUCAGACUCCCCUUGCCAGCUUGGCUCCGUGUUUGCCAUGAGUAUUAGCUUACCCAAUGGGACCGUGCUCCCCCUCCCACACACAGGUCUCUGUGGGACGAGGCACUGUGUCCCCCUGAGGAAGCAGUCGGGGUCCUCUCCCCAGCCUCCUUGCUGACCCCACGUCAGCUCUGCGUCUGCCACAGGCUGGGUCAAAAGAGCCCUAACCCUGCCCCUCAGGGAGCCAGCUGGGGAGAUGGGGCUUCUUCCCUCAAGACUUGCCCGUGCCUGUGGCCCCUGCAGCUGCUGAGUAGCGGGGCCUGUGCGCGGAGCAGAUUCCUUGGGUGACCUGCCCUGCCCAGCCGCUCUCCUCGGAACUCCGGGGGCUACUGGGUUGGAGGGAACCACCGGUGUUCCCUCUCCCCGUCUUCCCCCCCGUCCUCCCAGCUGCUUUACUUAAAGUUGAUUUUGAACUUUUUAUUUGAGGAGACGAAGUGAAAACAAAUCUAUAAAUAUAUAUUUUUAAAAUAUUUAACUUUUUUUUAUGGCGUUUUUCUCGUCCCCCUCCCUGCCCAAGCUCCCCUUCCCUGGGGAGCCCUGGGGCUCCCUGGAGCUGGCUGGGCUUCUGUGGACAGAGCUGCCCCAUGAGCUUGGGGCCCGCCAGUGUACGGGGGAGAUGCUGGGAUCACCCGGUCCUGGGUUGUUUCCAGGAGAAAACCGGGGGAGGGGCCCUCAGGCCAUGCCCCAACGGGGUGGGGAGGGUGACCCACAGCUCUGGGCCUCUUUUUGUCCUUCAGGGCUGUUGCUAGGGAGAGGGAAAAGGGAGACCAAAUGUGGGGAUGGGGGUGGGAGGGUGUCAGAGGCAACCGACUUCAUUUGUGCCACACGCAUGGGCAUUGCAGCCUUGUGUGCCCCCAGGCCUGCAGCUGCCUGGGGCCCAAGUUGCAGUGAGCAGGGUGGGGUCUGGGAGGGGGCGGAAGGCAGGAAUGGGGGGGCAGAAGAAAUGGGAGCAGCUCUUGGGCUGAGUGUGGGGAUAGGGGAGCCAGAAAUGGCAGCUCUCCCAGGGAGUGAGCAGCUACUGUAACUUUUUAAAAUUAAGACAAAAAGCCUUGAAGAAAAUGACUUUAUUUUUCUAAGUGUAACCUCAGUAUUUAUGUAAUUUGUACAGGGGCCGUGCCCCACCCCCUCUACCUGCUUUGGGGUAGACCUUGAGGGUGGGCCAACAUGGGGGAGGGUCUUUUACCCUGUGUCAGAGCCUACCUUUACCACCUGUAUCCAGAGAGGGAGCUUUUCCAGAACAGGGCAGCGGUGGAGUGGAGUUUUAUUAACCCCUUAGGACUGCCUUCAGUAGGAACAAGCCUGCUUCUGUGAUUAGGUGAAGGGGUGGGGGAAAUUUUUACGCACAGCCUAGUUAUCAAGGGGGUGAUUUGCCGACAUGUUUGAGAACCUCCGAACCUCUAACCCCCGUUGCUGUCUUGCCCCAGUUUGGGGUGCCAAGAUGGAAGUCAUCUUUCUGGCUUUCUCCUGGAGGUAGCUGGGGGCUUAUGGGUGGCUUACAAGAUUGGGGCAUGGCAAAUCAGGGGCUAGAGAGUGGGGGAGCUUGGGACUCAGGUCUGUAACUGCCCAGCCCCUUUUCUCUGCUCUUGUUUUCACUCCACCAUCACUCACUCACUCCCCCCUCUCACCCAGGGGAGGAGACCUUGAUGAAUUCCUCCUCUCCUUCCCACAAAAGACAGACCCAGUGAGUGAAUCAGGCAAAGUGCUUAUAAUGUGUGUUGUGUGAGCGUGGCCUUGGGAGAACAUGUGUGCGUCAGGGAUGAGGUGGCAUUUAUAUGUGCAGCGACCCUUGGUGUUUCCCUUCCUUGGUGGCUCUGGGGUGUGUGUGUGUGCCUGAGUGAAUGUGUGUGUGUGAAUGUGGGGUGUGUAUGUUAGUGGUUUCUACUUCCCUGGGAUGCUGACCCAGGAAUAGUGGACAUGGUCACAGUCCUAUGUACAGAGCUUUCUUUUGUAUCAAGAAAAAAUACUCUUUCAAUAAAUGUAUCAUUUUUGUGCACAGA